CGGGAUGUUAUUUACCGUGGUUCAACAGCUGGUUGGACGGCUCCACGCUGACCAAUAGGAUCGAGCGCCGUUAUCGGCAGAGAGAGAGAGGAAAAAAAAGAAAAGAUCCUUACAGUCGCCAUGAUACAGCAGCGGAAACGGGGGAGAAGAAGUAGCUAGAAAACAAAAGAGAACACGCAGUCGUCCUCGCGAUUUGGUAUGCUCUUGCAGUGUUAUAGGAAUGCCCAAGGAAAAAUAUGACCCGCCGGAUCCCAGGCGGAUGUACACAAUUAUGUCCAGCGAGGAGGCAGCCAAUGGGAAGAAGUCAUACUGGGCUGAGCUGGAAAUCAGCGGCCGAGUAAGGAGUCUCAGCACAGCCCUGUGGUCUCUCACCCACCUCACUGCCCUGCACCUCAGUGACAACUCACUGUCACGCAUCCCGCCAGACAUUGCCAAACUACACAACCUGGUGUACCUGGAUCUCUCAUCCAAUAAGAUCAGGAGCCUGCCGGCAGAGCUCGGCAACAUGGUGUCUCUCAGGGAACUGCUUUUAAAUAACAACCAGUUGCGGGUUCUGCCAUUUGAAUUGGGGAAACUGUUUCAGUUACAAACACUGGGGUUGAAAGGUAACCCACUUGCACAAGAAAUUAUGAGCCUCUACCAGGAACCCGAUGGCACGCGGAGACUGCUCAGCUACUUGUUAGACAAUCUGGCGGGGGCUAUCAAGCGCAUACCAACAGAGCAGCCCCCAGCCCGGUCAUGGAUCUCACUUCAGGAACCAGACCGAGCAAGGGCCUCCGCACUGUUCUCUGUGAUGUGCUACAAUGUGCUAUGUGAUAAGUACGCCACACGACAGCUAUAUGGCUAUUGUCCCUCUUGGGCUCUGAACUGGGAGUACAGGAAGAAAUCCAUCAUGCAGGAGAUCAUGGGCUGCAAUGCAGACAUCAUCAGUUUGCAGGAAGUUGAGACGGAGCAGUACUACAAUUUCUUCUUGCCUGAGCUGAAAGAGCAGGGAUACGACGGGUUCUUCAGUCCAAAGUCACGAGCGAGAACCAUGUCCGAGUCGGAUCGAAAACAUGUGGACGGAUGUGCAAUUUUCUACAAGACGGAAAAGUUCAGUGCUGUGCAGAAGCACACGGUGGAGUUCAACCAGCUGGCCAUGGCUAACUCCGAGGGCUCAGAGGCCAUGCUGAACAGGGUGAUGACGAAGGAUAACAUCGGGGUCGCUGUACUGCUCGAGGUCCGCAAAGAGAUGAUGGAGAUGUCCUCUGGAAAGUCACUGCACGGCAUGGAGAAGCAGCUGCUCCUGGUAGCCAAUGCCCACAUGCACUGGGACCCGGAGUACUCUGACGUCAAGCUGGUCCAGACCAUGAUGUUCCUGUCAGAGGUGAAGAACAUAGUGGACAAAGCUACGCGCAGUCUCAAGCUGUCCUCCGUCUCCGGUGAAACCAAUGCCAUUCCACUGGUGCUGUGCGCUGACCUCAACUCUUUGCCUGACUCCGGCGUGGUGGAGUACCUGAGUACCGGCGGAGUAGACUGCACCCACAAGGACUUCAAGGAGCUUCGUUAUAGCGACAGUUUGACCAAAUUCAACUGCAACGGCAAGAACAGCACAUCCAACGGAAGGAUCACCCACGGCUUCAAGCUGAAGAGCGCAUACGAGAACGGCCUGAUGCCUUACACCAACUACACCUUCGACUUUAAGGGUGUCAUCGACUACAUUUUCUACUCCAAGCCUCACCUGAACGUGCUGGGUAUCUUGGGCCCUCUGGACCCCCACUGGCUUGUAGAGAACAAUGUCAGCGGCUGCCCACACCCCCACAUCCCCUCUGACCACUUCUCCCUCUUUGCUCAGCUGGAGCUGCUCCUGCCCAACUUGCCCCCCCAGGUCAAUGGGCUCCAUCUGCCUGCACGCAGGUAGUGAGACCCCCUGCCACACCACCAGGGGGAGCUGCGACCAUAGCCUCUCCCUCUCAACCCUCCUCCCGCCCACUACCAGCUCUUCCCUCCGCCACACUGGAGGAGGAAGACAAAAAAAAAAAAAACACACACACACAACCUGUAAAAUAUUCGUACAGUGAGGUCUGGCUGACAGGGAUUUCGUAUAAUGUUAUAGAUAUUCUAUAUUUUUCUUUUUUCUUUCUCUGUUUUACUUUUAUGUUAUUUUUUUAACUGCUCGAUUCAGUCCUGUUCGUGUAUCAUACUUUGUGUUUCGGACUCCCUUUCCUCCUCACGUUCACCCACGUCGCUUCUGUCUUUCCGACUAGAGGGGAUGGUAGCGCGUUCAGCUUCGUCACGCGGCGGGACGCUGUCCGGUCUGAGAGCUGGUAAGAGGGAAGUUAAAAGGCGGCUGAGGGGCGACGUUCCCCCUCGAAAAGCUCCGCAGCCGAUGGUCUGCCUGUCUGUCUGUCCUGUAUAAAUCUGAAACCAGCAAAGACAGCAGACUUGUCAGUCCCAGACCUCCGUCUUUGGCUCGUGCGCGUUUCUCCCCCUGUAUUUCGGGGGCGAGCCGGGCUUAUUCCCUCCCUCUUUCUGGGACGCGCGCAUCUGCUAAAUCGGAUGCGGCGGGGUUAGAGCGGCUCCGCGCCGGUUAGCGCUGCGUCCCCGGAGGCGGAUGUAGUGCAGCUCGUAUGAGGUGAGAUUUCCUGCUGUCAUUCUGUGGUGCUGAGGCCUUUUGUGUCGGUCAUGGCCUCCCAUGGUGCUACAAGAUAGUCUACACCUCUGACUGCGGCCCCGGUGCAUUAGCUACAACCACAACCCCCACAGAUGCCUAGAAAAACCAGAAAACCGGAAAUCCGGGCCGACGUAUUUGCCCGGUUUCACACGAGCAGUACGCGGCGUUCACUUUUCGAGGAAAGACGUGAGAAACUGAGAGCGGCUACCAUCCUGUUUGCAGACUGUUUCACCCCAGCUUGUGUAGUUGUUAGGCUAGUCUUUGUGCUUAGGAGCUCGUGUGGCCCAUUUAUCACCUUCUAGAGCAAAGGGGGCAAAGGGGUUUAGGCUGAUGGGCAAAGAGAUGAGGGUGGGGGGGGGGGACGGGGGACGGGGCUGUUACCAAUCUUUUCCUUGUCUCGAUUGCUUUUAGGCAGAGGGAGCGAGUAAUGGCUGAUACACAGGAAUAAAACCAGCAUUCCUCUCACUGUCGGGAGUUGCCAUCCAACUCCACACAUGCAAGCUCACACACACACACACACGGACACACGCACACACGCACACACGGACACGUGCAGACACACAAAGGUAAUUUGCAGGCAGAUCUGUAGCACUGUCUCUGAGGCCAGUAGUGACUUUCCCCAGCCAUAAAAAUUCCAUACGACAAAAGCAGUGGUUUUUUUCACAAGUGUUUGUACAGAAUAGAAAUCUAGACUCAGUCUUUACAUGAUUGUAUAUGAACCACAAAAGACCUGUUUUCUGGCGUUUUUUGUACGAAGAGUAAAUUAUGAUCAGAUUUGAGAAAAAAAAAAAGAUUGUAUUGUAAACUAUGGCUAAAUUUUUAUCCAGUUAAUGUUGAGAUGAAUUGAUAUUACCAGCUUGUACAAAAGACGUAAGAAGAGGUUGUUCGAGGCGUUCGCUGUCACUACUUUGCACUCCCUAGAGAUUAACUGUAAUGUGUCAGUAUUGUUUUAUUGCCCCCCCCCCCUUUUCUCUCUGCCGUUUGGUUUGAUUUGCCGGCACAUUGCUGCGAUGUAAAUAGACACUGAGUAAAACGCUUGCUUAUCGCCCAUUAACAAAGCCAUUGAUCCACACUGCUGCCAUCAGUUCUGACAAAAAGGACACGCAAGGAUGAGUCACAUCUGUUCCAUCUGUAAAGCUCACUCUAUAGUCAUGUGUGACUGACGCGACCCAUAGAAAUCCCACGUGUACAUCGUGCCUCACUGUAGCAGUUGACGUCGUCUUGCACUAUUUACACGCGACGAACGCCUGAACAACCUUUUCUCCUUUUAUUUUUAAAUACUGUUGAGACAUUUGUGAAGAUUUUAUGUCCUUUUUUUUUUCUUUUUUUUUUUGGGUUUUGUUAAUGUUAAUUUCCUUUUUUAUGAGCUGUGACAAUGUUAUGAUGAUGUGUAUAUCCUUCCUAUUCAUUGAGCUCUCUAGUAAUCAGGUAUGCUUUCUCCGCCGACCCGCCCUCCUCCUCCUCCGCGUAGGGAAGCAGGGCGUCUUAUCUUUAUUAAACCGGUCUCAGAUUGUUUCGCUCCCUCUUUGUAUCUUAGCACAGCUCCACGCCCCCCGAAAUAUCUAGCCCUUAGCUUUCCUCACUGGCCAUGAAUUUUAAAUCUCCCUAAGCUCGUCUGUAACCCUAAUACCCCCCCCCCCCCCCCCCAAACCCCACACCUCAGAUUUUACCCUCCCACUAUAUUACUCAAGCUGUGUCUUUUUAAAAGCCCCGUUUUCUCAACCACUUUGUAUAGUUUUCCUACCCUUGUCACUGCAGCUUUAGUGCCAUUUGUGGACCCCUACCUCUGUGUUUAGAAAGGACGGAAGGCCCCCGCCUCUCUCCGCUUUUGGGCGGGAGGAGGAGGAGGGUCCGUGAGCUCGGCCGCUUUCCCUCCGAAAGGCCGGUUCAGCGCGUCGCUACGAGUCAAAUUUGUUACGUCCCGAACGAACGAGUGGAAUCUGUCGGCUCUGAGACGACCACUUCAACGCGGACGAUGAGCACUUAAUAGAUUCAGACGCGGCUCCCUUCACUCUCUGUCCCACCAUUUAUCAGUGAGAAAAGACCUUAGUACCUUAUCAGUUAAAAACAUUUUAAAGCGAGAGGGAAGCGAGUGAUUAGAAAGUAUCAAGUCAAGUCCUCAGAUCAAGGUCUCUCUUCCCGUUUUCGUUCUGUCCCCCCCACAUGUGUUUUUUUUUUUCUUUUUAAACUCCCGUUCCAGUGAAAACCAAUGUGUCCAGUUUGAUUUUUUUUUUCUCCUCUUUCUUUCCUCAAUGGCAUUAGUAUUGUAGUAGAUUUAAAGGGUAGCUUUUUUUGUAAAGUGUGAAUAAAAGAUGUAUCUCAUGUUUCCUUUCUAAAAAGAUAUUGAAUUGUGUUGUUGUGUAAAAUCAUGAAUUCUAUGACGUUUGCUACAUUGUUUUUACUUUAACCCGAUAUCACCCCCUUUACCCGUCACGAACCAAAUCGCCCUCGGUAGAAAUCAUGACGAUGCGUCGUCUCGGUGGGUCCGUUUUGAGAGAAUGUCCUGAUGGCGCGUCGCGGAACGAAGGAUCGAUGAGCGCUGGUGGGGAAACGACCCGCGUCAUCGGUACCGGUGAAAACUUUCAGCACAGGGAUAUUCAGUUAUUUUUUUUUUUUUAAUUUUUUACCUUUCAGCUUUAUUUUUUUGGAUGUCGCAUGGCACUAGCUGGAGAGUGCUAGUGCUUUGUAGGUUAGGGGCAGCAGAGCUGUCUUACUAGUGGCCGAGGACACCGUUUUGACGGGUGUAAAAACGUGUCUGUCGGCCGUAAGCUGACGAUGUGCCGCUAGACUGGUCCUGUGAUGAUUUGUCGGUCCUUGCUAGUCCAUCUCAUUCUGUUCUUCUGCGUCACAGUGGUUCGAUCUUUCAAGCUAUCUAGCUACUAUUGGUGGUCACUGAUUUGACUCUUAUUGAUUGACUGACACCCCCCCCCGUCCUCCUCGCCAUCGUUUCUCGUUGAACCACGGGCGGCUUUUGACCGGAACGGUCGAGCCGGGGCCGGUUGUGAGCUCCAGUGAGUGGUCACGUUGUUUGCUUUGUACUUUAUCACUGUUGCAUUGUGUUUCAUAGUUGGCUUGUUUAGGCGUAGAGUGUUUUUGUUUUUUUGUUUUUCCCCUCUCUCCUCCCCAGGCUGCAUCUUUUUGUAACGGUGCACACCAAAGCUGCUUGUAGUUCAGUUCUCCGUAGUAGAGCGAGUUCAUGCCACCAACCGGUCAUCUUUUAAAUUUUUUUUUUUUCUCUCUCAAGAUCAUAGUCUUCAUGAAAUGUAGGGCUGUGAGGAAAUCAAGGUACUUCUGUCCUUUUCCUUGACUCACAUAAACAUCAAAUUUUCAUACUCUUUCAUACCGUUUCAUUUGGUUUCUUACUCCGUCAGACGCAUCCUUUCGUCCCGACCGCCCCAAGAACUUGGCAAUAAUACCCAGAAACAUUCAGACAACAUUCACAAAAUGUAGCUUUUUUUUUUUCUCCAUCUUUCAAACUGUGGUUGCUUCUGUUAAACUCUCCACCUUCAACCUUCCUGACUGUUUAAAUACCUUUUUUCUUUCUUUCUUUUUUCUUUUUUAAAUGUUUCGCUUUUCUUUCCAUCACCCAUCUUGUAUAUUUGCUCAUCUCCUUCUCCCUGCCAAUUUAGUGGUAGUAGUUCAAUGAUCAGGAUUGUCUAUCUGUAGUCAGCUGAGUACAUAUAUUGAUCUGUGUCACUGUGUUUAUGCACUGGACCAACUAUUGUUUACCAUUCAUGAAAUACCAGCAAAAAAAAAAAGGAAAAAAAGAAUAAUGACGAAACACUUGCACAAUGUUGUAGAAUGUCCAUUAACCCUGAUGAGAAAUCAAGGCAGCUGUUUUCAAAUCAACACAUACUGUUUUAAAAUGAAACUGAAUGGUAAACAAUGCUUUCUGUUUGUACCCCUUAGCCGUCCUCUCGAUUCUCUUCGGACUAGUUUUAUUCUUUGAUUUUGUUCUUUUUUUUUUGACAACAGGUUCUGCUUGUUUUUCCUUUACACCUACCUAUGUAUUUUCCUACUUCUGGUUGAAAAUAAAUUCUGUAUUAUCUGUUUCAAGCUGUGUCACCUCUUAUUCUUUGCAAUGGAUAUUGAAAAUAAAUUCUAUAUCUGUU